AUGCUAAAAGAGGCUAAAAUUGAUAUAGGGCUAGAUUAUUCCUCUGGAUUUAAGAAAGGACCAGGUGUCAGGCAACAGCAUGUCAAUGAUGCUCCUUCUACAGGAUCUUUUCCUAACUGGAGAUCUAUACUAUCACCAACACGGCCUUCCACAGAAACCAAGACCCCCUCAGUAGCUGAUCUUUCUCUGGGACAGACUUUGGAGAACGCAGACUUGCUUCAGAUGAUCAGAACAACGCUGACUGGCGCCCGUGCCAGGACUUUGGAUCAGAUGCACCUGUCACCCUCCCUGUACCAGGGCAGUGGGAGCAGUGCACCCCAGGAACCCGCUGAGGUCUCAGCCGAGUCGCCUCUGAGGCCGUCGUCUCAAGAUGCAGAUGACACAGCUGCUCUAACAGUGUUAUCUGGAGUAUCUUCUGGUGCAAUACCUACAGUAGAAACUUCAGAAGCAAAACCACUAACAAGAAAAUCAUCUCCAGCUUCACCAGUGCCAGCUUCUUCCUUCUUUUCUCUAGGCACUGAAAACACCCCUUUGCCAUCCGUGAUGGCUUUAAGCACACCGAUACUGACACUAACAAAAAAUAACACUGCCACAAAACUGGCACCGGAUCUGAGCUCAGUAGGAACACAGGCAGAUUUUCCUUUUGCAACAAGAAACACGACUGCCUCACCUCUGGACAUGCCAGCUCUGCUCAUAACCCCCAAGAGCAGCACGGCCACAGCUUCCACACUCGCACCCACAGCCCACGUACCAAGGCAGAUAGAAACAACAGUAACUGACACCCAGGAGUUCCCGAGCUCAGACAUCACCAAAAGGCCAACCCCAUCCCCACUGACAAUGACAGCAGCUUUGACAUCUAUUACAGCAUCAGCGAAAACAACUAGGCUUCCCCUUCCUGCCGUGGAACUCAGCCCUGCUCCUCCCGGCACCACGGCAGCAGCCGCUUUCGCUAACAUGACGGCAGCUCCCUCCCUGGAUUGCCGGCUCUCUGCCAACAUGAUGGUGAAAACAGUUCUGUUUCUGAACACAAGGAGGAUGAUGAUCAGCAAUGCCUUCAGGGAAAGUGUGAGAAAAGGCCUCAACCAAGUGCUGAGACAAGCUUUCAACCAGAAUGUCAGCGCUCAGGUUGAAAUCCUGGAGCAGUCGAGUAACCUGACGGUGGGUUACUAUGUCACGCGGGGCAGGCUGGUUUUCACACCCGCUGCCGUCGCCGAGAAGCUGCUGGCCUACGGCCUGGGCAACGCCACGGCCGACAUGAAGCAGCACGUGCCACACCUGCAGGCCCUGGUGGCCCUGGCCCUGCCCUGGCAGCCCCUGCCUGCCUACCACUUCCAGCUGAAGACGGAGCUGCAGUUUGUGGGCCAAACAGACAAUAUUCAGUCAUGCAAAUUUGUUCAGACCAUGGAACAGCGGCUCCAGAGAGCAUUUCAGGAUGCUGAAAGAAAGGUCCUAAACACCAGCAACAACUUAACUGUUCAGAUUUUGAACACCUCCAAUGUCUCCCAAGCUGUCACUCUGUUUUAUGUAGUGAAAAAUCAAAGCACAACUCUAAAUGGCACUAUUUCCAGCAACCUUCUUAAUCAGCUGUCAGCUGAGCUGGUGGGUUUCUACCUCACCUACCCACCUCUCACCAUUGCUGAAUCUUUGGAGUAUCCAAACCUUGAUGUCUCGGAAUCAACUAGAGACUACUGGGUGAUAACAGUCAUCCAAGGGGUGGAUAUUGCUUUGCUGGGGCUGAACAACCAGAGCUUUGCCAGGCUGAUGGAGCAGCGCUUGGCCCCUCUGUUCAUGAUGUCCCACCAGCAGGGAAGGCGCUUCAGACGUGCCACCACCGUGGGCAGCUACACUGUGCAGAUGGUAAAAAUUCAACGUAUUCCAGGACCCAAGGAGCCAGCUGAACUGACAUAUUACACUUUAUACAACGGGAAGCCUUUGCUGGGCACUGCAGCUGCCAAAAUUCUGAGUACAGUUGACUCACAGAGGAUGGCCUUGACCCUGGGCUAUGUCAUCCAAGUUCAAGCUGAUCCUGUGGUGAAGAACCCCCCAAACAACCUGUGGAUCAUUGCAGCCGUGCUGGCUCCCAUCGCGGUGGUCACCGUCAUCAUCAUCAUCAUCACCGCGGUGCUGUGCAGGAAGAACAAGAAUGACUUCAAACCAGACACCAUGAUGAACCUGCCUCAGAGAGCCAAGCCAGUACAAGGCUUUGACUAUGCCAAGCAACACUUGGGCCAGCAGGGAGCAGAGGAUGAGGUUUUACCUGUGACUCAGGAGACUGUCAUCCUUCCACUUCCAGUCAGAGAUGCUCCUGUCUCCCAGGAGAGGGAAACGACCCAGGAUGGGAGCACCAUCAAAACUGCCAAAUCCAAUGAAACAAGGAAAAGCCGCUCCCCGAGCCAGAACGGCUCCAUCCUCAGCAAUGGGUCGGGAAAGCCCAGCUCCGGCCGGAGCUCCCUGCAGAAAGUGACGGCACCGCAGAAAGCGGCAAAAGACGAGGGGAGGAAAAGGAACGUGGCUGUGAGUGAUGAAGAGGAAGGAGGGAUUCUCUUUGAUAAUGUGGCCAAAUCUACUGUGGACCCCUUCGACACGUCCUCGGGCUCGGUGCAGCUCAUCACCAUCAAACCCGUGGCCCUCCCUGCUGUCCAUGCUGCUUCAGAGAGGAGCCAGGAGUCUGCCAUCAUCAAUGGGGAGGUGAACAAGGCUUUGAAGCAGAAGUCUGAUAUAGAGCACUACCGCAACAAGCUGCGCCUGAAAGCCAAGAGGAAAGGGUACUAUGAUUUCCCACAGGUUGAUAAUAGCAAGGCGCUGACAGACAGAAAAAGGAUGUAUGAGAAAAACCAGAAAGAACUGGACCACAUUUUGGAUCCUGAUGCAGAUGUCUCAUCUCCAUUUGCUGAGCCUAAGAACAGGCAGCCCCUGAAGAACUCGGUGUACAGAAGCAGGCAGUCCCUGAACAGUCCCAGCCCAGGGGAAACCGAGAUGGAUCUGCUGGUGACUCGAGAAAGGCCGAGGCGCGGCAUCCGGAACAGUGGAUAUGAUACCGAACCUGAAAUUAUAGAAGAAACAAACAUUGACCGCAUCAACGAGCCGCGGAAUUACGGCAGGGCCCGGCAGGCCAAGGGCCACUCGGAGACGUCGACGCUGAGCUCGCAGCCGUCCAUCGACGAGGUGCGGCAGCAGAUGCACAUGCUGCUGGAGGAGGCCUUCAGCCUGGCCUCUGCUGGCCACGGGGGCCAGCCCCGGCAGGACGCCUACGGCUCGGCCCCACACCUGCCCUACUCCGAGGUGGUGACCAGUGCCCCCGGCACCAUGAGCCGGCCGCGGGCGGGCGUGCAGUGGGUGCCCACCUACAGGCCAGAAAUGUACCAGUACAGCUUGCCAAGGCCCGCUUAUAGAUUUUCUCAGCUUCCUGAGAUGGUCAUGGGUUCUCCUCCCCCUCCUGUCCCUCCCAGAACUGGUCCUGUGGCUGUUGCCUCUCUCAGGAGGUCUACAUCAGAUAUUGGCAGCAAAGUAAGAAUACCUGAGUCCAGUGGAGCAGAUCAGGCCCAGCACCAUGAUCAGACACCUUUUGCACCGGGUUCAAGAGCGCCCAUGUCUGUCGGUCCACUCGAUCAAUCAGCUUUUCACUCAGGAAAUACGGUACCAGCAGUGUUUGCCAUUCCAGCAAACCGACCUGGCUUCACGGGCUACUUCAUCCCAACUCCUCCCACUGCCUACAGGAACCAAGCCUGGAUGCCCUAUGCUGGAGAGAAUGAGUUGCCAGGGCAGUGGGCAGACUCUGUGCCCCUGCCUGGCUACAUCGAGGCUUACCCGAGGCCCCGCUACCAGCACAACUCCCCGUCCCGGCUGCCCCGGCAGUACAGCCAGCAGGGCAGCCUGCACCCCAGCCUGGAGCAGGCCCCGCUGGCCUCCGCCGCCGCCUCCCAGCAGAGCCUGGCCGACAACGACCCCUCCGACGCGCCGCUCACCAACAUCUCCACGGCUGCCCUCGUCAAGGCAAUAAGGGAAGAAGUGGCCAAGCUGGCCAAGAAGCAAACAGAUAUGUUUGAGUUCCAGGUCUAAUGUAUCUUCUGUACAUGGUGUUUGUGUCUUGCGACCUGGGGUAGCCAAAAAAGCAGCUCCUUUAGUUUUCGGCUACAAACUUUCUGUGAAUUAUGCCAAAGCGAUGGCAAUUUAAUCUGUCUGAAAAGUCAACACUAGGAAAUUACUUAAAGCAGAGCAACGGGGCUCUGAAGACAUGAAAUUCCGCUUUCCAGCUAAGAAAAAGCUGCCAGGAAACUGUUUCAUACUGAUGAGAUCAACCAUAUGCAAUUGUUUGUCACUUUGCUCUUGUAUUAUGACCCAUCCUCACUAAAGAUGCUGCUGAACGUGUCUGUGCCACAAGAAAUUUCAUUUACAGGCCCAGAGGCAGAGCUGCUGAAAAUAACUUCUGCAUGCCAAAACUUGGAUUAGAGAAGAAAAAACCUUCACAACAGGGUUUGCUGAAGGCCACGGCUGACGUGGCAGUGGCUGUGUUAAUUGUUUGCUGUGGGACAUUGUAAAAGGGGUGCUGAUUUCAGCAAUGCAGAGUCAUUUCAGCCUUUUCAUCCCAGAGACUGUAUUCAAACCAAAAGAAUUCAACAUGAUUAAGUAAUACAAAUAAAAGUCCUGUAAAUAGCUCUGAGUCUCUUCAUCCUAUUAACAGUGCAAAGAAGUGAAAGAGAGGACUGUGGAGAAGGUGAAUGACAUUUCCAUGAUUGGUGGCUACCUUGUCAUUCAGUGCCACUGAUGAAUUAUGGAGGAGAUUUUUUUUUUCAGCGUGAAAGAAUACAAUGCAUGAAGAGCCAGCAAAGGAUAUUGGUGCUAAAAGCUUCCCAGAGAAAUGAAGAAAGAUUAUUCCUGUUUGCUCUAUAAUCAGGCUUUUCACUCUGAAUGCAUGUGAAGCUGGUAAACCUGAGACCUUUAAAUCCUUCCAACCUGGAAAAAUGAAUACACCUGCUUGGACAAGGAAACCUCUGUUCAACACAGUGCUUUUUUUCCUCUUUCUUUAACAAUGCUGUCUACUAAAGUGAUGCCAGAAAGUGCUACCUGAAGCUGCAGUUGAUUUUGAUUGCGCUGGCAUGGUGAAUGCACACCCAGGAAGUUCUGAAUGUAGAGGACCUAAUUACUGUAUUAACGUGUAAAUAAGUUAACAGCUACAUGGAUUAACAAAAAUAUGAAUGUUCUGUGAAAAAAAAAGAGCAUUGCCAGAAAUGAUGUUGACUUUAUAUUGUGCAAGAUAAAGGUCACUGAUUGUUACACUGCGUUGUGGUAGGAAUCCAAUCCCAAAAGAAAGUCAAACCACUUGGGAUGGGACAGUAGUUAAUAUUUUGCAGUUGUACAAACUAGUUGGAGAUCAUGAACAGUUGUUUUCAGUUCCUUCAGCAGUAAGCUUCAGGAACUGAAGUUGUUGCAAAAUUUGUUGUGUUGGGCGUGUUUGAUGUCAACUGGAGUUAAAGGUAAUGUCCUUCAUUUCAGUGGGUUAUUUAGUUAUCCUCAAUUACUAUUUUGUCUGAUCAUUUCAUUUCCCUGAGUUUCUUUGGUCUUAACUGAUGUGAGAAAGGGAACUUGGUUUAGCUUUUUGACCAUCAGUAAAUUGAGAGAAGGAGAGAGAAGACUAGAAUAGGGGAUGGAAAAAGAAAUUGAUGAAGCACAAACUUUAAAAGCAGAGCUAUUUUUCCCCCUAAUAAUUAUAUUAUAAACCCCGAGACUGUGAUGCGUAAUUAUCCUAGAAUAUACAGACAUCCUCUGCUCCAAUACCUUGAAUAUUGCAGAAGCAUUUGGAAUGCUAGCUAAUCUUUCAAUAAAUGUGAAAUUUCAUUUUUAUUAUUUAAAAUCAGAUAUAAAUAAAAUGUAUUUUUGUAAUUUCUAUGUAUAUAUGUGCUGUAUAUUUAUAUAAGUGACUGGUCUGCUAUAGUCAGAAAAUUUCCAUAAACUAAGUUGUAAAAGAAAAAAAAAAAAGAAAGAAUAAACCCCUGAUAAUUUUACUGAUCAGUAUAAACAUGUCUGGAGUAUACAAAUAUACAAUUGGGUGACUUGGAUACUAAACAACCAAAGAAACUCAAUUUGUCAUAUAAAUACAAGUCUAGUAAAGGCUGACUGCUGUCUCAGUUACCUGUCAGCCAGGUAGUACUGAUAUUAUCAGUGUGAUACAACACAGCCAAAUUGGGUUAAAUGAAUAGCUGGCUAAGAGCAUCACACUUUAGAACAGCAACUGAAAAAUACUGGGCCAAAUUCAGUGUACCACAAAGAAACAGGUUCUGGUUGGCUUCAGUGGGAAUUACACUCAGAACAGGGUUUAGUUUCUCUAUUGGGCUUUGUCUAUAAAAGCAAAUUUCUCUAGAUCCCUCAGACAGAAUUCUGUUUAUUUUUCAUUCAUUUCAGUCACUGUAACAUGAGUGCAGACAUAAUGGAAGAGCAGCUGAUUUAUUUAGCCUAAGCUAGUUCACAGCUGGCUUGAGCUCACCUGGGAAGUGAAACCUACACCAGGUCAUGCCAGCCCCAUUCUGCAUCAGCUUUAUUAUCUCCGUUUUUGAACGAUUCUUCUAUGUAGCCCAGUGAAAUUUUGCAAGUAAAUGCACCCCCUUCUAAGCAAUGGGGGUGAAAUAUGCUGUGUAAUAAAUUUCUCUGGCUUAGACUCCAGUUUUGCAGAGUUCUCCUGAGGCUGAAAUUGUGCAAGCAGCCACGAUCCCAUGAUAAGCACGCUGAAGCCAUAGAGGUGGGAAGGGUAAUGUAACAAUGUAUUCCCCAAAAAGUCACAGGAAGCAGGGCAUUCCAGUUUUAAACAGAAUCUUUUGGACACUUAACUCUGUCUGUAAGUCUGUUCCCAUUCUUAAAUUGUAGCAAUUUAAUAGUUCUAUUAAAAAUGUGUGAGGGUAAAGUCCCAUAGAUCUUACACAAUGAAUCUUGUAUCUUGCCAUACUAGAAACUCAAAAUUUUGGAAAAUAUAGAGAUGUCCAGGGUUUGUAUAAAAUGGAAAACACCCAAGCAAAAGCAUUUAAGUAGCCUUCUAGAAAGAAAAACCAUUUCAGUACAGUUAAACAAAGUACUCUUCACACUUCUGAUGAAGACCUGUAAGAGAUUCAAAAUUUAUUUUGUUUGGUAUUAUUAUGGAUGAUGUGCAGUCUACUGAAUAUUUCCUGAACCAUCACUCUGAAACCAUUGUGGUGCACUUUAUUCAGAAAACCAUCUUACAUUCUUCAUUCAUGAUGCCUUUUUAUCCUGUUUGUAAUAUGUUUCUGUAACUUUUUUUUUAAGUAUCAAGUAAGAUUAUAUCAAGACAGUUAGGACAUUGCUGGGAAAGAAAAAUCUUGCUGUAAUAUUUAUACUGUCUGAGCACAAAGCAAUGAUUAAGUGAAAAUAUAGUGUA